AUGGAGCUGGGGCUGCCGCGAGCAGGCAGCCGUGGGGCCCCUUACCCUGACUCAGCCAUGCAGGAGUCACCCGACUCGGUGGACAACUCCUGGAGAAGCACCAGCCGCGGCUACUUCUACCUGUGCACAGCCACCCUGGUGUGCCUCGUUGUGGCAGUGGCAACCAUCCUCGUUCUGGCAGUCCAGAAGACGGACUCCACUCCAAGCACAACUGACAAGGUCCCCCUUAAAGGAGGGAAUUGCUCAGAGGACCUCUUAUGUAUCCUGAAAAGGGCUCCAGUCAACAAGUCAAGGGCCUACCUCCAAGUGUCCAAACACCUCAAUGAUACCAAGUUGUCUUGGAACCAAGACGGCAUCAUCCAUGGAGUCAGAUACCAGGAUGGGAACCUGGUGAUCCAGUUCCCAGGCUGGUACUUUAUCAUUUGCCAGCUGCAGUUUCUUGUGCAAUGCUCAAAUCAUUCUGUGGACCUGACAUUGCAGCUUCUUGUUAACACCACAGUCAAAAAACAGGCACUGGUAACAGUGUGCGAGUCUGGGAUGCAAACCAAAAUCAUAUAUCAGAAUCUCUCUCAGUUCUUACUGGAUUAUUUGCAAGUCAACACCACCAUAUCAGUCAUGGUGAAUAAGUUCCAGUAUGUGGAUACAAGCACUUUUCCUCUUGAGAAUGUGUUGUCUAUCUUCUUAUAUAGUAGUUCAGACUGAAUAGUGGCUCUUGGCCUUCAGAUAGAACCAUACAAUACUUGACCUAUCAAAAACGGGCAAAAAAAAAAUAUGUUAGAACAAGACUAAGAUCACAAAGUGUAUGAAUUAAUGCUCUUCUCCUCUGGUCCCUUGGAAAGAUACAUCUCCAGGGUUUAAAAAGUGGAGACUCAUUGAGAUGGAUGGCAAGGAAGCAGUGUAGUAUGUGGACAGAGGUCCCACAGGGAAACCAGAAGUGAUUGGGUUUCCCCAGUCUAACCACUAUUCACUAUUUGACCUUGAGCCAUUUUUCUUCUCCCUGGAACUUGGGGUCUGGGUCUGAAAAAGUCUGAAAA